AUGGUCGGCUGCGCGAACUCAUGCGCCGACUGCUCGUGCAAGAGCGAUCAGGCCAAGCAGCCCGGAGAUAUCGAGGACUACUUUUCCAAGCUGUCCGAGGCCCAGGAUCGCAUAGCUGAACUCGAGAGGAAGAUUCGCGAUCUCGGCGGCAAGACCGAUCACGAUGCUUCUCCGCCCAAGUCUCCUGUCAAGAAGAAGGCAAAGACUCUCAGGUCCACGGGCUGGUUCAACGACACCUCGAGCCCCGUCUUGACCUCCAUCUACCUGGAGCGCUAUCAGAACUACGGCCUUACGCUCAAGGAGCUCAUGUCGGGCAAGCCCAUCAUCGGCAUCGCCCAGACCGGAUCUGACCUGGCGCCGUGUAACCGCCACCACAUCGAGCUGGCCAAGCGUGUGCGCGAUGGGAUCCGCACCGCCGGCGCUAUCGCCUUUGAGUUCCCGACUCAUCCAAUCCAGGAGACGGGACGGAGGCCCUCGCCUACGAUAGAUCGCAACCUCGCCUACCUCGGCCUGGUUGAGCUCCUCCACGGAUACCCUAUCGAUGGAGUCGUCCUCCUCACCGGCUGCGACAAGACAACUCCAGCAUGCAUCAUGGCUGCUGCCACUCUAAACAUCCCUUCCAUCUGCAUGAACGUUGGCCCCAUGCUCAACGGCCACGACGGUGACCAGAAACUCGGUUCUGGCAUGGUCAUCUGGAAAGCAGAUCAGCUCUUCGCGACGGGAAAGAUCAAUUUCGAGGAGAUGGUUCACAUGGUUUCUCUCGGCGCUCCCUCCGUCGGCCAUUGCAACACCAUGGGGACGGCCUCGACCAUGAAUGCCCUGGCCGAAGCCCUGGGGAUGGCAUUGCCGGGGUCCUCCGCCAUCCCGGCCGCAUACAAAGAGCGGGGCCAGUGCGCCUACGAGACGGGCGUUCAGAUCGUCGAGAUGGUCAAGAACGACCGCAAGCCGAGCGAGAUCCUCACACGAAAAGCAUUCGAGAACGCCAUCAGGGUCAACGCUGCCAUCGGCGGCAGCACCAACGCGCCUAUCCACCUCAACGCCAUCGCCAAGCACAUCGGGCUGGAGCUGAACAAUGACGACUGGUACGAAGUCGGGUUCAACAUCCCACUGCUGCUGAACAUGCAGCCCGCGGGCGAGUAUCUGGGAGAGGACUACUACCAAGCUGGCGGUGCGCCGGCCAUCAUGGCGCAGCUCCUCGAGGCCGGCCACCUCUGGGCCGACGCCCUGACCGUCAACGGCAAGACGGUGGGCGAGAACGUCAGAGGGACGGUCAACAAGCUCCCCAACGUCAUCCGGCCCUUCGCGGACCCCCUCAAGCCCAGUGCCGGGUUCAUCAACCUCUCCGGCUCUCUCUUCGACUCGGCCAUCCUCAAGACAUCGACCAUCAGCCCCUACUUCCAGAAGCAGUUCCUGUCAAACCCCGAGAGCCCCAACGCCUUUGAGGGCAAAUCAUUCGUCUUCGACGGGCCGGAGGACUUCAGGGCCAAUAUUGACGACCCCGCGCUCGGCAUCGACGACAAGUCCAUCCUCGUUAUGCGCGGGUGCGGUCCCAUCGGGUUCCCCGGCGCAGGCGAGACCGUCAACAUGCGCCCGCCCAACUACCUCAUCGACGCCGGCUGCGAGGGUCUCCCGUGUAUCGGCGACGGUCGUCAGUCCGGAACGUCGGCUUCCCCUUCCAUUCUCAACGCGAGCCCCGAGGCCGCUGCGGGCGGGAAUCUGGCCCUCCUCAGGCACGGUGACGUUAUCCGUGUCGACUUGAACACGCGCCGCGUCGAUCUACUCCUGUCGGACGAGGAGAUCAAGGAUCGCCGCGAGAAGCUCGACGCCCAGGGCGGUUACAAAUAUCCUGAAAGCCAGACGCCCUGGCAGGAGCUGUACCGCGCUGAGACAGGUCAGUUGGACGAGGGUAUGGUCCUGAAGCGGGCAGUCAAGUACCUCAAUGUGGCAGAGAGGUGCCCUGUGCCUCGUCAUAGCCAUUAG